AAUAUAUUAUUUUCAGAUUUUUUUUUAAAUUAUACAACAGUAUUAUGGCCCCUACCAAAGUGGAUGCAUGUUAACCACGUGUUACCAGUUUACGUUUUCGACUCUUGUGUUACCAGCCUAUAGUUUUGGCCCACGUGUCGAUUUUCUAUCUUUAGUGAUGCCAAAAUUUUAAUUUUCCGGUGAUCCGGACUCGAAUCCAAAUGGCUUCACUGUAUUGGGUUUUGCCUUCAAAUUAAUCACCACUGGACCAUGUAUCAAUUUUUUUUCCAAUUUUUCUAAAUUAUGUUUUUAUGACGAGAUGUAACAACAUUAGGGUAAAAUUAUCUUGGAGCGGAUAUGUUUUGAUGAAACUCUAUUUGAGAAUUUUCAUCAAAAAGUUAGCUUAUACUUAUCAAAGUAAUAUUAGCAGUUGAUAAAAUCACACCAAGGAAUUUUGUUAUAUUCAUUGAGGAACUGAAAACCAGAAUUGAUUUUGUCCAGGAUGAUGAACAUGUGUAUUGAGUAGUCGGAAGAUUGGAGAAGACAAUUGAUCUUAACUUUUAGAGAAAAAAAUUAUUUUCUAUAAACAAAAAAUAUAGUCGAAUGGAUACUUUUAGCAAAAUCAUCAGAACAUGAGAUUCAAAAGCUUUAUUCGACAUCAACCGGGGUGAAAUCCACCAAGACUUAUCAAAUUAGUGAGAAAUUUUUUUACCACUUAGAGCUUUGAUCUGCGACUAAACAAAAUGAAUAUAUAUUUUCUUAUCUCUAAAAAGGAUAAGCCUAGAGAGAUGAUUAAAUCUAGACAUAUUAUCUUAUGCAAUAUGAGUUACAAGAUUAUAUCUUCGUAACUUUGAUAGAAGGAAUGCCUCCUCAUAAAAGGGAUCGCAGUGACCGGGCAUGAGCAACUACUAUGCAAGAGAUUCAAGAGAGUUACCCUGAGCUUAAUCUUAAAGACACAAUCUGCUUUUGUGGCAAGAUGUUUAGUCACAUAUAAUAUAAUAGAAAGGCAAGAAAAGUUUCAUGCUCUCAGCACUAACCCAAAAUGUAUGGAAUAAUUUAUGACUAUCAAAAUAGACAUGAGCAAAGCCUAUGACAUAGUGGAAUCAGGUUUAAUCGAAGCAUUGAUGUUAAAGAUAGGUUUCACGGAGAGAUGAGCUAAUCUUCGUAUGUGCUGUGUCACAUUAGUUACCUGCCAAGUUAUUGUAUAUAGAGAACCAAGAGGGCGCAUAUAACCGAGGAGGGGCCUAAGGCAAAGAAAUUGCUUAUCUCCCUUCUUGUUUAUAUAUAUUGUAUAGGGUACUAAUCUCCCUCCUGAAUGGCGUGGAAGUAUAAAAGCGGAUUUUGGGACUUCGCUCUGCUAAGGCGAGUCCUCAAACUUCACAUUUCUUAUUCACAUAUGAUAAUUUUUGCCUCUUAUUUAUUAUCGAUCCAUAAGUCUCUUAGUCUCAUCUUAUUUUCAUAUCCCACUCUUGUUUAUUAAAAAUUUCUAAAUAUUCCCUUGACCACAUGGCACAUGCUCAUCCUUCGUAUAAGUCAUUUACAUACAACUCCUUUGACUCGUUGUGACAACACUCUAGUAUAUAUGAUGAAGAUUAUAUACACAUUUUGGAAAUAUUUCUUCUCCAAUGUUAGAAGUAGUACGAAGCGUGGUCAAAUUGAGAAAAUCAAGGAAGUUUACACAUAUGAUAGGAUUAUUGAGAGUACAUGUCAGUUGUGUAAAAUACAAAUUUGGGAAAGGUUCACUGUAUGAAAAUCAAAUCAACCCGACCAAAUGAUUAUAUGUUAUAUACAACUCGGGUUUUUAUAGAGCCUUCACUACUCUCUGGCUCAACCUAAUACAUCAUCAUCGACUCAAGGUAUGAUCUUCUAUUCUAUCUCCAGUUACAUGUUGUUCAUAACGCUUUUCUAGAAGUAGUCACAAUCGCAUUUAUGUGACUUUUAAUCUGAGCACUUAAAGAUAAAAUGGAAAAAUACGAUGUCAUGUGAAUACGAUGCUCUUGAAAAGAAUGGGACUUGAUUCAUUAUGGAUUUUCCACCGGUAAAGAAGCCAAUUGAGUGUCACUGAAUUUUUACAAUCAUAAAUAAAUCGAAUGGUGAUCAGGUUGAACAAUAUAAACUAAGAUUAGUUGCAUAUGAAAAUAAACAAGAAGAAAGUGUCAGUUAUGAAAAAACGUUUACUACAGUUGUGAAAAUGACGAUUGUGUGAACAUUUCUCAAAGUUGUAGCUGUAAAACAAUGGAAAAUUCACUAGAUGGAUGUUGAUAAUGCAUUUAUGUCAUGGUGAUCUACUGAUCUACAACAAAAAGUUUAUAUGAAGUUGUCUUCAGGAUGUGCAUCAAAUGGUUAGAAAAAACUAUAAACUCAAGAAUCCAUCAUAUGUAUUACGUCAAGCACCUUGUUACUGGAUUUUUGUGCUUACUGAGACUUUGAGAGGGUAUUUUUAUAUUCUAUAAGAAUUUAGACUAUUCAUUUUUUACAUUAACAACUGGGGCACUGCAUAUACAUUCUUAUUUAAAUGAUCCUAAAGCUAUUUAAAAGUUUAAAUGAUAUCUUAGUAAAUGCUUCCAUUUGAAAGGUUUAGGUAUGUUGAAAUAUUUUCUUCGAAUUUAAGUAGUUCAAUCACCUCAGGGUAUAUAUUUGUUUAAGAAAAAAUGUUUCUUGACAUUGCUGUGGGUGUUGUUGCUGGGAACUAAGCGAGUAGCUACACACACACCAAUGAAAAAUAAUAAUAAGUUAGCUAUAGUUAGGGAGAUUUUGUUAAUGAUAUCGAAGGUUAUAGGAUACUUUUUGAAAGGAUCAGUUUACUUUACAUAUGCAUGAUCAUUGUUUUCCUAAGAUGUGAAUAUCCUGGCUCAAAUUGUGCAACAUUAACGUAAAAGCAUUGGAGUUCAGCUAUACUCGAUCGAAUGGUUUGGUAUCUUGAAGGAUCUCCGAGUUAUGUUAAAGGCAAUGUCAAAUGCAGACUCAAACUUAUAAUUCGCGACUUUUUGUGAUUUGGAGCUGACAUUGUGUCCUAUAUGAUCUCUCAAACUCUCACAUGUUAUGUUGUCAUGUUUUUUUUAUAUGUUGUCAUGUUAGGUUAUUCUACUGCAUGUAUGACUAAGAUGGACGGGGGGGUCAGCAUCUACUUGUUGGCUUUUGGUGUUUCUGAAAAAUCCUACAUAGUUACAUAACUUACAUUGUGAAUAUAAAGUUUCUUUACAUAUUGCAGUUAAUCAGAUAUUCCAUGAAUGGACAGAGUAUACAAAAGUGAAUUCUCACUACGUUUGGGAUGAAAUCCAAGAUAAUACACUAAUUACGACUUAUAUAUACAUACACUAAAUGCAUUCACGAUACAAAAUUUCUUUUGUAUCUAAAUCACAAGUUGAACAUUCAAAAAUUGCAUAUAUACUUCAACAUACGGGAAAACAUAUAACUAUUAUUUACUAUUUAUGUUAUAUAUUAAUAUACUUUAAGUUGAGAUAAGUAUCUCGGGCGACGUAAAAAAAAAAGUAUCUAGGGCAUUUCUAUCAUACAUAUUAGGCUAUUACAAUCAAUGAGAAAAAUUAGAACAUUUUUUUUUGUUUGGACAAAAACACCUACUUUUAUAUAUAAAUAUAAAACGCAGACGCCAUUUUCUUGUAUGAUUUGGUAUUGAAGUCAUUAAAAUUCCAAAUUAAUAUCAUGAUUUACUUUGACUAGUGUCAUCUAAGUCGUCCACUGUCUUGUUGAAUUGUUUUUCGCGUCUAUUUUCCACACUAUUUUCUUCUUCUUUGUUUUCGUCGCCAACAAGUAUCAUUGUUAAGUACAGCAAUACACACAUAUGCAGCUGCCGAAAUUAUGAAAAAGAUCUCAUCCUUUCAAGGAAUCAAAUCUCCUAGAGAAUGAUAUAUAAUAUUCAAAGUGGCCAACCAAACAAACAAAAAGUUAUAUAUAUAUAUAUAUAUAUAUAUAUAUAUAUUUUUUAUUUAUAUAUAAAUCUCUAUGCCAAAAAUAUUUCAUAGUUGUAUCCGUUGGCAUAUAUAUAUAUACCAACGGAUACAACAAUGAAAUAUUUUUUGCAUAGAGAACAAAAAAAAAGGAUUAUCAUUGUUGAAAUAAGCAUGAUCAGGGACAAAGAACAUAAGAUUGGGAAGAGUAAGCAUCUUGAUGAGAAAGAGUGUUUACUCUAUUAUGGCAUAGAGAGGGUUGUGAGGGAGGAACCAGACCUCGCUGAAGCUGGUUUUGCAAACCGUGUAGUCGUCCUAAAUCCUUCCUCCAUAUCGGCGUUCUCCCGGAGUUUCCCCUUCCAACCAGAGCUAGAAGAUAAAAGAUCAUAAUAAUUCUCCACAUUUCUUAAUUAGCUGAAUAAGAAAAUAAGUUGCUAAUUAGGGAAAUAUUGAACUAUUAUAACAGUAAGAAGAAGUAUACGAAAAUGAAUGAAUAAAGCGUUUAUGGAACUCCAGCAACGAAAGGGUCCGAUCUAUAUAUACAUGUAUGAGUGGUUUAUUUUAAAUGAUUUUGAAAUUUUGUAUCUUUGUUAAUGUCAAACCAAGUGAAUUUGAACGAUGCUAAAUUGGUACUUUUGUCAAACUUUUAAUGAUGCUUUUGUGAUAUUGACUCGUUCUUUGUUAUAUAUGCCUCAGUGUAAUGUCUUGUGCUCAACUUUUGUAUACAAUUAUAAGAAGCGUUUAGUCCCCGUUGUUGUGUCAUUUGGGUGGGUUGGUUGAUCUUUUUACUGAUUUGUUUCACAUAUUAUGUAAGCAACCCAAAAACUGGAAGAAAAGAAAGAACGUCAUCCCUUUAUAUUUAUGAAGAAUGUUUUAAGCAUUAGAAUCAGAAUACAAGAGAAAUAAGAACCAAACACAACACUUAGCCGACAAAGAAUAAUAAAAUGCUAGGUUGCAUGGAAACGGAAACGGAAACGGAUACGUUGAAACGACACGUUUCGAAACGUGGAAACGUGAUUUUUGAUUUUUUAUGCUUUGGAAACGUUUUAGAAACGUCUAUAAAUAUAUAUAUAUAUAGGUAUAUAUAUAACUGAUUAAUAUUUGCAUUCAUUUUUAUUAUGUUUACUGUAUCUUAGAAUACAAAUAAACAAAUAUUCAUUCUAUUUAAUCAUACGAAAAAAAUAAGCCAUUAUUAAACAUCAAAUCAUAUAAAAAUUCAAAAUAACAAAAACCCAGUACUUAAAUAUUAAAUAGUUUAACUAAAAUAAAAAU